UAUCUUUUAAACGAAACUGGAUUUAUUGGAUCUUCUUCGAUUGAGAGAACAUUACAAGAAGCUUCAGAUCUUCUUUACGCAAAUAUGAAUGACAAUAUUUCACUAUUGCAAACUGAUUUUGACAAGUAUCAAGACCUUUUUUCAAGUGAAUACCAAGGCUCACUUUAUGCAAAUACAAAUAAUAGUAUUUUAUUGUUGCAAUAUCAAAGAAUAGAUUUAGUUUAUCUUGGAGUUUUGAAAAAAGAUCGGGAUGAUUUUAAUGAUCAACAUGUUUUUAACGAUGUUGAAUCUGAUACAGAUUCAGAACAAAUUGAAGAUCCAACCAAUGCUUUAGAGUUAGAAAUAGGGCUUUCUUUU